AUGAACUCUCAUUAUUUGAGCACAUCCCGCAGCAAUCCUCAGUUUUACACAUUCUCACAGCGCUUUGAGCGAGGCGCGAGCUGUGAUAGCUUCAGCAGUUUAGAUCCGCAGUGGAAGGCCCAGGCACAGCAAGCAGCCUGGUUGGAUUUCUGGCAACGUGAAGGACACGAGUUUCUCGAGCAGAAGUGGCAUGAACAGCAUCCGGAAUAUAAGCAGGAAAUUGAGUUAGCCACGCCCGAGGAGCGCACAGCUUGGCAAGAGCUGUGGGAGCGGCACGCCUGCGAUCAAAGCGCUCACUUCUGGCACAUUUUCUCCUGUGUCUUCGAGAACUACGAAAGGGACCUGUCAAAUGGCUUGCAAGGCGUUGGCCAAACAUUAGACGAGAUAAAUGAGAAUUUGUCGCUUUUGGAUAUUCGCCAAAGCGACGACAGUGCAGCAAGUGCUGAAAGCGGCGGCGAGGACGAGCAAUACCUUACCGCCAACGACGAUCCCGAGUUGCUCGACGAGGAGCAGCAGCUGAGGCUGCUCGGCUUACCGACGUCGUUUGGUGUGCCAGGAAUUGCCAGGAAGCGACGGAAACCAAGACAGCAGCCUGCCAGCGAAUCCGAGAGUGAUAACGAUCCAAAUUUGGUAAUCAUGCCUGACGAUAAGGACGAGCUUCUGCAUGGCGUGCAAUCGCGCGUCAUUAAGAAAAAGAAGAAGCCACAGAAGAACUCGAAAGUCCCACAGUUUAUGCGGGACGACAUUUUGUUGCGUAAGUAUUGGUUCCGGCGCUUUUCGCUGUUCUCUCGCUUUGAUCAGGGCAUUCUGUUGGAUCGCGAGAGCUGGUUCUCCGUAACACCAGAGAAGAUCGCCAAGCAGACGGCUCGGCGUCUGGCCAGCGAUGUGGUCGUGGACGCCUUUUGCGGCUGCGGCGGCAAUGCCAUACAAUUCGCCAACACCUGCAGCCGCGUGAUUGCCAUCGACAUUGAUGCCAACAAAUUGGCCAUGGCGAAGCAGAACGCUCGCAUAUACGGCGUGUCGCACAAGAUUGAGUUUAUACACGCGGACUUUUUGCAAUUUGCCCGCGCCACACGCCUGCGACCCGACGUUGUGUUCCUAAGCCCGCCCUGGGGCGGACCCGAUUAUCUGAAACAGGCCACAUUUGACAUUGAACAGCAUCUGCUGCCGCUGGGCGCCACCCGGUUGAUGCAGCACGCCCGACGUCUGACGGACAAUAUUGGCUUCUUUUUGCCACGCAACUCGAACAUACAACAGGUGAUCGCACUCUCGCACAUUGGCCAGCAGUGCGAGGUGGAGCACAAUUAUUUGGACACGCGUCUGGUGGCGAUAACAGCCUACUACGGCGACAGCCUACUGAAGAGUCCACGGCCGGAUAAUGAACCAUAAUUUUUAGCCUAAACUUUGGUUGAUUAAUUACCACUUUAUUUGAAUUAAGUCAAAUAUGUUUUAUUACUAAUUUACCUUUAAAUGUUAGUUGCAGGCUCUGAAAGUCUUGCACUUGUCACUUUUUUUAUUUAGUUUUAAGUUGGAAAUUUGUUUAGUUUAAUUAUAGAAAUGUACCUUUAUGUAAGCCCCAUA